AAAAUGAAAAGGGUAAUACACAGUAAUAGUUUGAUGAAGAUAAGAAGCUGAUGCCCCGCCUUUCAUUUCCCUCUUCUCACAAUCACUUCCACAGUCACACAGAAAGAGAGAGAGACUGAGCUCCUCUUUCUUCUUUCUGGGUUUUAUCCUAUUUUCUAUUUUCCAUAUAUUAUCACCUUUUAUUUUUUUGAAGAUUACUGUUCUUACUAAAAUUAUAAAGGUGUGUAGAUAGUGUACUAAAAUCAGACAGAAAAAAGAAAGAAAAAGAAGAGGCCAUAACUUUAUGCACUAGCCAAAAUGACUCCUGUAAUCCCUUGUUCGGUGAGCAAUAUUUCAUUUAUUCCUGGAAAUGCCUUUACAACAAGGAAAAGCAGGUGUUUUACCAGAUUCUCUGGAAACCUUAUAAGACCAUCAUUAUCCUCCCAAAAACAUUUUAUUGCUAUUCCAAAAAGCAUCACAGUAUUUCAACAGUUGAAAAAAGGAUGUUCAAGAGUCCAAAGAUUAUCGGCCACAGGGACAGAUGUAGCAGUAGAGGAACAAGGUUCUUCAGUUGCAGACGAAGCGUCUGCUGGACCACCUGCAGAAGUUGAGACAAAUGUGGAACCUUCCACUAAAUCUGAAGUGACUGCUGCUCCUACAGUGGUCAAGAGAAGACAAGGUAGGAGAAGUGAGAUGCCACCUGUUAAGGACGAGGAUCUAGUUACUGGGGCAAAAUUUGCCGGGAAAGUAAGGUCAAUACAGCCAUUUGGUGCUUUUGUUGAUUUUGGAGCUUUUACAGAUGGCCUGGUGCAUGUUUCCCAGUUAAGUGCUAGCUUUGUAAAGGAUGUAAAUGAUGUGGUUUCUAUAGGCCAAGAGGUGCAGGUGAGGUUAUUAGAAGUUAACACUGAGACAAGGAGGAUAUCCCUCUCAAUGCGUGAAGAUGACAGUAGCAAUAAGCCUCAGCAAAAGAAUGAUGGUAACAGUGACAGCGCCAGACCACCUAGGAGCAGUAAUAGAAGUUCUCAGAAGAGAGAGAAUGUGAAGAAAACCAAGUUUGUCCAGGGGCAGGAUCUUGUGGGCACUGUUAAAAAUUUUGCACGAAGUGGUGCUUUUGUAUCUCUUCCUGAGGGAGAGGAAGGUUUUCUGCCCACAGCAGAGGAACCAGAUGAUGGUUUUGGGAAUGUUAUGGGGAACACAUCACUGGAGGUUGGACAAGAAGUUAAUGUCCGCGUGUUGCGUAUUUCAAGAGGCAUAGUAACAUUGACCAUGAAGAAAGCGGAAGAUGUCAACAAGUUAGAUUCAAAGUUGAACCAGGGUGUCGUCCACGAAGCAACAAACCCUUUUGUUGUUGCUUUCCGUAGAAACAAGGAUAUUGCUGCCUUUUUGGAUGAGCGAGAAAAACCCGAGGAAGAUGCGUCUGCUGAAACCUUAAGCACGGAUGCAAGUGAAGUGAGUUCCGUAGAUGUUGCUUCCCCCUCCCUUGAGGAAAAAGCAGAGGAUCUAAACAGUGAAGAAGUUGCAACGACAAGUCAAGAGGAUGCUCCUGUUGUAGAGGAUGAGGUGACAGCACCAAUAUCUGCUGAUGAUGGGGAAACAAAUGUGGCCUCUUCAGUUAGUCAGGAUGUUGUUGCAGAAACUCAACCCGAGGUUGUUAGUGCAAAAGAGGAUAUUCAAGUAGAUAUUCCCGCUGAUGAAGCAAACCAAAGUGUUAAUGCCUCAAGUGCAGAAGAUGAGGGUACAACUCCAAUACCUCCUUCAGCCGAAGACGGAGAAACAGAAACUGAGGUAUCUUCUCUUAGCCAAGAAGUGGUAGUAGAAACUCAAGCUGAGGAUGUUAGUGCAAAAGAGGAGGUCCCAGUAGAAAUCCCCACUGAUGCAGCCAGUGCGGAGACGACUUCAUCUGACGCCAAUGGGAGUAUCAAUGGCUCAAGUGAUGGACCAAAUGGAUCUUCCCCUCAGGGAAGCGCUUCCAAAGCAGCUAUAUCCCCUGCUCUUGUAAAGCAGUUACGAGAAGAAACAGGAGCUGGGAUGAUGGAUUGCAAAAAGGCACUAUCUGAGACUGGAGGUGAUAUUGUUAAAGCACUGGAGUUUCUCAGAAAGAAAGGACUAGCAAGUGCAGAUAAGAAAUCGAGCAGAACCACAGCAGAAGGGAGAAUAGGUUCCUAUAUUCAUGACAGCAGGAUUGGUGUUCUAAUUGAGGUGAAUUGUGAGACAGAUUUUGUUUCCCGGGGUGAUAUCUUCCGGGAGCUAGUCGAUGAUCUAGCCAUGCAAGUGGCUGCAUGCCCUCAAGUAGAGUAUCUUUCUACUGAUGAUGUUCCAAAGGAGUUUGUGGAUAAAGAAACAGAAAUUGAAAUGCAGAAGGAAGAUCUGCUAUCAAAACCUGAGCAAAUCCGAUCAAAAAUUGUUGAAGGGCGGGUUAAUAAAAGGCUUGUAGACUUGGCUUUGCUCGAACAGCCAUUCAUCAAGGAUGAUAAGGUGGUUGUUAAGGAUUGGGUGAAGCAGACAAUCGCAACAAUUGGAGAAAACAUUAAAGUGAACAGGUUUGUGAGGUACAACCUUGGUGAAGGAUUGCAGAAGAAAUCUCAAGAUUUUGCAGCUGAGGUGGCUGCCCAAACUGCAGCAAAAUCAACCCCCGUGCCAGAAAAAGAGCAGCCCGCUGCAGCUGAAAUUGAAAAACCAGUUGAGAAGGCACCAGCAGUAGCAGUCUCAGCUGCCUUAGUUAAACAAUUAAGAGAAGAAACAGGAGCAGGCAUGAUGGAUUGCAAGAAGGCUCUUGCUGAAACUGGAGGAGACCUCGAACAAGCUCAAGAGUAUCUAAGAAAGAAAGGCUUAUCGAGUGCUGAAAAGAAAUCUAGCCGGAUUGCAGCCGAGGGAAGAAUUGGAUCCUACGUUCAUGAUACCCGCAUUGGAGUGCUUCUUGAAAUCAACUGUGAAACUGAUUUUGUGGGUAGAAGUGAAAAAUUCAAGGAAUUGGUGGAUGAUUUGGCUAUGCAGGUUGCAGCUUGCCCCCGGGUUGAGUAUGUAUCCGUCGAGGAUAUACCAGAAAGUAUUGUGAGCAAGGAAAAGGAGAUCGAGAUGCAGAGAGAAGAUAUUCUGUCAAAGCCUGAGAAUAUCAGGGAGAAAAUUGUUGAAGGAAGGAUUUCAAAGAGGCUUGGAGAACUCGCUCUUUCAGAACAGCCUUUCAUUAAAGAUGACAGUAUCAUGGUGAAGGACCUUGUGAAGCAAACUGUGGCUGCACUUGGGGAAAACAUAAAAGUUCGGAGGUUUACUCGAUAUACCCUUGGUGAGAAAAUUGAAAGCUCAAACACAGAAACCGAAGCAUGAGAUUUAGGAAACAACUGAUAAUUUUCAAAUCACCUGCUCAGGUUGGUGGGACUGUUGAGUUCAGAAAGGCUAGUACAUUUCUUUCAAGUUUGAUGUAUUCGUUUAAAGGCAGUUUUUGUUUGUUUUUAUUGCCUUUGUCUUCUGUAAUCAUCAUAUAGCUCACUUUCACAUACCAACAUUUAUGAUUUUAUGGAGAGAAGUCUGAUGUAGAGGCAGAAAGAGGCUGCAUCUUCAAUUGUAAUUUUUAGUUGGAGGAAACCAUGAAAAACCUUUUUGUAAAAGGUAUUUUGAGGCUUUAUGUAUAUUUUUGUUCUUCAAAUAGAUAACUCAAUAUGUUCAACAUUUCCAGCAA